UUAAAGCGCGCAAAGAGCAGCACAAAACAGAGCACAGAACUUGGGCACAUGGCAGCGAAGAGACACCCGCGGAUAUUAAGUGGCGAUUAAACAGCGGAACAUCAGCCAUGCCUGCUUAGCGAUAUUAAAAUAAAUAUGUUCCUAAUUAUGUGCGCUAAAUUUCGACAAAUUUCGGCAACAAACUUUUGUGACAAUGGAAUAAGUUUUCGUAUUCCACGUGAAAAUUAAACAAAAUUUGCAUAAACAAUAUCCCAAAAUAGACUUUGGUUCCUGUUGUUAAAAGAGAUCAUGGCACGGCGAGCCAACAUCCGUGGGUGUACGCAUGAAAAGUGGUCUGUGAGUGGCGCCCUUUCGCUGCUCUUGGUGAUGGUCUCGAUGAUGAGACUCCACCACGUCACGGCUGUUGACAGCAAUGAGACGACAACGACGUUGACAGCGUUUGAGGCCAUCCCAAGCACGACCAUGAGAAUGCCGGCUGGCUACAGUCAGAGCUGCUUUAACUGGACCUCCAUGCCAGAGGCUGCGGGCGGCAACUGCUCCAGAUUGAGCCGCAAUGGGUUCCUCAAGUGCUACGGCGGCAUGAACAACCUGGGUGCAUUGGCAAAGCUGGGCAAGCCGCUGCCUGCACAGCAAAUGCUGCUGUGUGGCUGGCCGCUGGAUGCCACCAGGUUCCUGGGCGAGCUGCAGAAACUGCCCAGACUGCGCGCUCUGACCAUCGAGUACAGCGGCUUCACGGAGUUCACCUUUGACUUUCCCGAAAUGGCCUAUCUGCAGAGCAUCAACAUCUCGUGGACGAACCUCUCGUACAUUUCGGCGCGCACCUUCAAGCGGGUGCACACACUGAAGGUCUUAGAUUUGCGCUGGAAUCAGCUCAUCCAGCUGGAUGGGCCGCUGCUGCUGCCACGCUCCUUUGAGCAGCUCUACCUGGCCGGCAAUCCCUGGAACUGCACGCGUAACUUCAAGUGGCUGCUGCUGCAGCCCGAGAAGGGGCGCCUCGUGGUGGAUCGGGAUGAGCUGCUGUGCACCGAUCGCAAGUACAAGGAGCGACAGAUGCUGCUGGUGAUGCACUACAAAUUGGAGCUGAAAAAGGAGUGCCAGUCGCAUCCGGACCUCAGGAACUGCACCUGCCUGAUGCAUCACAUUCUGCCCAAGACACACAUUCCACUGUACACGGUCAACUGCUCCCACAUGCAGUUCCACAGCCUGCCCGCCUAUCUGCCAGAGAACACAACAACGCUGACCAUCAACGAUAAUCUGAUCAGCGACAUCAAUCCGCUGCGGGACAAUCCCCACUACCGCCAUGUGGUGGAUGUGCAUCUGGAGAACAAUCGCAUCUCGAAUGUGGACGAUCUGGAGAACACUUUCUGGCUGCAGAACUUUCGCCUCUUCAAUCUGCGUGGCAACAAUCUGCGUAAGCUGCACGUCUAUGCCCUGGACAAUGCGCUGAACGACAAUGAGAAUGCGAAUCUGUUGCUGCUGAGCAAGAAUCCCUGGCACUGCACCUGCAAGUUUGGCAUGCGACUGCGGGAGCUGCUCAACAAGUACCGAGACAUUGUGAGGGAUGCGUGGAAUGUGACGUGCACCUAUAUGCAGGAGGAUGAGCUGCGGCUGGCCAAGGUGCUCAGUCUCAGUCGGCAGGACAUGUGCAAUGUGAGUGCGGAGAGUGGCUCGCAGAUACAUCCCAUUGACUGGCUGAAUGGCGUGCUGGCCAGCCUCAUACUUCUCAUACUGGGCAAGCUUGCCUACGACUAUUAUCACUACAAGUAUUAUAAUCGUGUUCCUUGGAUAGUUAUGAAGAUGCCAUAGGCAUGGAUAUAAGAUUAGCUAUAAGUAGAAGCAUCAGUCAUAGUUUUAGUUGCCUCAAAGACCUCGAAAGUAUUUGUCUGAAACAACGAUUUGGUUGGUUUUUAUUUUGAAAAUCUACACGUAGAUUCAUUCGGUUAUCAAUAUGGGAAUAUGUAUGUCUAUUUAUAUGUAUAAAUAAUCAUCUUUUUGGUAUAUAUAUUCAAGCUAAAAUCAACACAAAAUAGUUGCCCUGCUUGCCUCAUUUCGUAGCAACACUUUAAGUUGUACAUUCCCUGGUUCUACACUCACUUUCCAUACAUUCACAUUCACUUUCCACACUCACGCACACAUUCUAUGGGUAAUUAAACUCCUUUUAAUUGGCACAAAGCGCUUAAAACUUCUUUGUUUGAUAAUAAUAUUACACGUAGGAGAAACAGCUGAGCUAAGCUUUAGAUUAGUUAUUAAAACACACUACUAGUUUGGGCAUAAAACCAAUUUGGGUUACACAUAAUUGAAUCUAAACAUAAACUAUUUUCCCACUGCGCUGCAUAUUUACAUUCGAAAUAUAAACUACAUUCUUUGGCUUAUCUUCCCGCUCUUCUCCGCACAACUAAAAACUAA